GCACUCCCCCUGCUGGCUAUGCUGUCCAUGUUGUCGCGAGGUCACCUGGGCUGCCAGCUGAGUCCCCACACCGCGAUACCGGGUAAGUACAAAGGACGGCGGGAUGUGCUAUGCCACCCCCCCACCCCGGAAUUUAGAGCUGGGUCCCCAAGGACAGCAUAGCAUGCCUGCUGUCCUUAAGGGGUUAAAUAAGUCAGGUGUUUUUGUAAACGUUAUGGGCUUUAAAGUAAUUGUAAGCUCGUUUAAGCAGGGUCCUCUUCAACCUAUCGUUCCUGUAAGUUUUCUUGUAAUUGUCCUAUUUAUAGUUAAAUCCCCCCUCUUAUAAUAUUAUAAAGCGCUACAGAAUCUGUUGGCGCUAUAUAAAUGUCAAUAAUUAAGUUAGUUUGAAGAGGAGUUUACUAAAAUAGUAAUAACAUAUAUAGAACUCCCUUGGGUACUGCACUCAAUAUGUCCAAUUUUAUUUAUUUAUAAAAUAUUUUAGCAGGAAGGAUACAUUGAGAUCUAAAUAUGUAAAUAUGUCCAAUAUUUCAGCCAUGGUGCUGUGCUUUGGUCAACCAAUAUCUGUCAAGUAGGAGUCCACUUACAGGAUUUCAUAAUGCAUAAAUACAAAUUUUAUUAUUCAAAAUUCACAUAUAGGUCAGGCCUCACUGACUUUUCUAGACUUUUACAUAUAAAAGUGUGGCGCAUUUGAAAUGUAAUAUAUCACAUAUUAAAUAUUUGUUUUGUGAAACAUUCUUUGAAAAUGAAUCAAACAGGAAUACAGUCACAUCAAGUUGAAAGGAAACUUUAGAGGAAAUGCUAAAAAGAAACAAGCUAAAAUCCACAGGGACAAAAGUUGUUCUUUGACCUUUAGAAAACAUUCUAGAUUAAGUCCACUUGUGUGUGUCAGAAAGAACAUAUUUAUUAAGUUUGACUCAAAUAUGUUAGCAACGGUGAAAUUACUAGGACAUUUCUGGGUAUAAAAAAAUGCAAAAAUGUACAGCAUUCAAUUUCAGAGUUACAUGGCAAUUUCUUCCAAAUGUCCCUAUAUUUUUAUACUCAAUUAAGACCAAAUGGAACAUUUGUAUCGCUGUGCAUUAUGCAAGUAGAACUAGGGAGUUUGCCAACAUUAUUAACUCAAAUAGAAACUAAUGACAUUAAGUGGACAUACAUACGCACAAUUCCUUUUGGAAAUAGGAUACUUGCUUAUUUUUAAAUGAUUUAUUUUUACAAUACUGGGCCUGUAACCUAUUUUAUGCUACAAUUGUCAUAUCACAUUCUUUAAUUUUAUUUCCCAUUUCACACUUUGUCUUUAUUUACAACCUUGUUAUAACAAGUAGAAUUAGGCACGAAAAAAAAAAGAAUUUCGGUCACAUGACAGUUUAACUCAUCAGAAAUGUAAAAAGAUUCAGGAAAACUACUGAGAUGCACUAAAAGGAACCAGUCAAUGUACUGCAAAAUAUAUACAUAAUAUAAAGAUAAUGUAUAUAUUUUUCAAUACACACUAACAAGCACAUUUUCCCACCAUUUGGUUCACAGAUCAAGUGAGAAAAAGAUGAGGAUCAGUAAAAAAAUCCAAUAUGAGUAUACGGAAACAGUUGAAGAUUGUGUAUCUCAAAUACUCCUAAAAAGCUGUGCCGAAUAUUUUCACUAUCACUAUCCUAUACAAAGCCAAAUAUAAGGCAAUAAAACAACAAUUAUCAUUUUCAAAUUCAGUGCACUGCAUUAUAUCUAGUGUUGUUUUUGUAUGCUGACCAACCAGAUGAAAUUUGAAAUAUGAGUGUGUUUUGUACUUUUAAGAGUAUAUAUUGCACUUUAUUGCUUUUCAUGUUUACAUUUAGAGCUUGAAUAUUUUAUUCAUCCCUGUGUGUACCUGAUCACAUCAUAAAAACAUAUGAGAUCUUCACAUUAAAGGGCUAGAAAUGUCUUACACCACAUUUUAAUAAUAAAUACCACUUUGACAAAGUUCAAAGAUGAAUUAAAAAAGUAGGCUAGCCUACUGUUAAAAAAGUGUUGUAUUUUAAAGAAAACAAGUCGUAAGAGCUGCUGGGUGAGAUAAGAAUAUCAAAUGCUAACUAACCAUUUUCAAACUAACGUUGUGUUUUUGUUGCCACAUUCAUUCCUUUUCCAUUAUUGUUUUUGUUUCAGCCUGUUCCUGCAAGCAGUGGUAUCAUUUCCUCUGCUCCUUUCUUUGCAGGUAAGUACUGUGUGUGUUUUAUUGUUGUUUAUUUAGUCAUGCAUAUCUAGGCAGUUAGUAAUUGGGGUACUUUGGCGCAGUGGUGGGCUGCAUACAUCUUGGCCAUUUAUGUAUGUCUAAAUCUCCAAUGUUUUACAUAUAUAGUACUUAGUUAUGUCUCCUCUUGUUUUUCCUUGUAUCUCUUGUCUUGUUUUAUUUUGUCUUGUAUUCCCAGUUCGUGUACAGUCCUGUCCUGCCCAUGUUCUCUUAAUGUUUCCCUUAUGUAUUGUGUAUAUGUUCUGGGUUCUGCUUUCUAUCCUUCUCUGGUUCUGGGUUCUUCUAGUCUUGUCUUGUUUUCUUGUUACCAGGGCAUGGGGUGGAAUGCAAGUCUUACCUUGUUUCUAGUACUGGAUACAUCUCAGCUUAUCAUCUAGCUCCUGGCAUCUGCUUAAGCUGCAUCAGGGUUCUUGUAAGUGGCCACACAAAUGCCGGUGCUCAACACCAGGGGGUGUGUGGUUACCCUGCACCAGGCACUGAUAGUCCACUUCCACACUGAGACUCCUAUCAUCUACAUCAGGCACACAGGGGUCCCGGUCCUCAGACCACCACCCGUGACACCCACCCACUUAUCCUUUUGUGCGUAUCUCCUGACCCUUCUUGUAUGUUUCUUCAAAUCCCCUUUCAACCUUGUGUGUCUCUUAAACAUUUUAAUUUUCUUAUGUGUCUCAUAACCCACUGUACUUCUUCUGUAUUUCCUAACCUGCUCUUACCUCUUGUCUGUUUCUUAACCUUUGAACCCUUUUUUUUGUUCCCCACAUAUAUACAUAGUGGCAUGCAUACAUAGAUAUGAACUUACAUCACAGGUACACAGUCACAAUCAUAGUCAAUGUUACAAGGACACACAGUUACAGUCACACACACGCAUACAGUUAUUAGCAUACACAGUUAUAGUCACAGUUUCAGCCACACACAGUUACAGGCACACAGUCACAGGCACACACACACACACACACACACACACACACACACACAAACACAGUUACAGGCACAAACAAAGAUACACACAGUCAAAGACAAACACACCUACAGGCACACACACAGUAACAGGUACACACACAGUCACAGUCACACACCCACACACAGUUACAGGAACACACACAGUACCAGCCACAAACCCAUUCACAGUUACAGGAACACACAUACAGAUCAUAAUACAACCACACACAGUUACAGUCACACCCCCCCAUAUUGUUACAGGCACAUACACAGUUCCAGGUGUCCCUGGAUUCUGUUCCGGAUUCCUUUCCGCUGGUGGCUACAGCUAUGGCAAGGCCUGUGGUGGUUGUGACUCCGCUGCUUCAGUUGACUCCUGCGUCGUCUGGAAAAUCUGGUUCUGUGGUUGGGAACAGUCACGUGGGGACUGGGGGUGGUUCUGGUGUUGAGCUGCAGCCUGACAGGGGAUCUCUGGUUAGUUGUAUGCUGGGAUUUAUUGAGAAGUGGGAGCAUAGCUUGGGACUAGGGUCUCCGCGCCCCUGCCUCUAGAUGCACAUGUUUGCAUGGGGUGGAACACAGUCCCAGUUUCUAAUGCUGGGGGGAGCGGUGUUUCGGUCUCAGAAGGGAUGUCCGUUACCCCAGCUCCAGUGGUGUUCCCGUCCCCCGCCACCACGUUGGGUUAGGGGAGGGCCACCUGCCACUUUGUAUGGUUUAGAGGUGGCCCAGGCUGCCCAUGGUGCGGCAUACAUAUGUUAGUUGAGCCCCCUCGGAUUGCAAUUGUGCCAGGAGGUCUGGGAGAAGAUUUGGAAGGGAGUUUGUGGAAAUUUUCUCCCUUCUUCCUUUGGAGGAUUUGCCUCCGCCUGAUAAGGAGUCGAAGGACUCUGACAAGGAUAAGAAGAAGUUCCAAUUUUGGAAGAUUCCCAAGACAUUUGGGAAUUGACUCUAGGUGUUUUCUACACUGGCUAGCGUUAUUGGGGAGAAGGCCCCAGAGAAGUGUUGUUUUGUUACCAGGGCAUGAGGUGGAAUGCAUGUCGAGUUUAUGGGGGGUUGAGUUGGUGGCGUUACGAUGAAAAGUUUUGCCAGAGGCUUGCGGUCCACCCGUCCACUGACGUCCCCCUCCACUUUGGCCGUGCCUCAGCGCAUGGGCUGCUGCUGGCAAUUCAACGAAAGUCACUGCACGUGGGGGGGCAGGUUGCAAGUUUAAGCAUGAAUGUUCUGUGUGUAAGGCAGGAUAGCGUGAUGAAGUCAUGGUCGCAAAGGUCUAGGACGCCAGUAGACGUUGGCACGAUGCGCAGUGGCUAAACCAUUAUAGGAAUUACAAAGCAGCUGAGGUGCUCCUCAGAGAUUUCAGCGAAGGGUUUUGAAUUCCCCAUCGGAACAGGAAGACCUCCGGGGUCUGUUAGAACCUCAAGCUGUGCAGGGUCUCAAAUGCGUCCUAUAAUGCGACUGUUCGGAUGGUCUGAGCUGCGGGUUGGGGGGCACUUAUUGCUAAGGUGGAUGUUGAAUCAGCUUUUUGGCUGCUCCCAGUACAUCCGGGCUGUCAUCACCUGCUUGGCUGUUUCUUCUGGGAUGAAUACUACAUGGAUUCAUGCCUCCUACGUGGAGCUUCUGCAAGGCUUGUUACAACUGUUGUGGUUUUGGGAAGCGUCUGGCUGCUCCCCUUCGACUGUUUCGGGUAUGUUAUUUGGGCUAAGCUUUUGGUUCAUGCUCACCAGGACUCCGGAUCUUAAAGAAGAUGUUUUAAUAUUGUUGGUGAUGAGGGGUUGGCUUAGGAGGCCCAAGGUUUCAGAUUAAUGGAGGCCAGUCUCUGGUGCUCUGAUUUUUGGAUCUGUUUUGUGUUCUCGUUAACCCAAACAAGGAGGUCCCUGGGGGGAGUAUUGUUUGGAGACAUGUUCAUUGAGGAAGGGUUUGUACGUUUCUUGCUGUGUAAGUCCAAGACGGAUGUUCUUGGCCGUGGUACCUAGGUCUCCUUAGAGCAGAUCCCUGGUUUGGUGGUUUGUCCGGUCGCAUGUUUUCAGGCAUUCUGCAGGGUCUGCCCCAUUUCCGCUGGCCUGUUGCUGGUUCACAGUGAUUCCAAUUUUCUGUUCCUUUUUCAGUUUAUCUGGGUCUUCCGCAUGGCGAUGGAAGUCCUGGGGAUACCUAGUUCUGAGUUUGGAGGGCACUCCUUCAGGAUUGGGGCUGCCACUGAGGCGUCAUGUCUGGGGUUUUCGGAGAAGGCUAUAUGGCGGAUUGGGAGGUGGGAAUCUAGGAGGUUCUUCCAGCCGGACUGAUUACGUUUCCCGUUUUGUCUCCAUAGGUGCCGGAAGGCGAGUGUGAGUGAUCGGCCAUUCUUAUGUGUAUUGGGAACAGCAGCAUGCAGAAGUUCAUCCUCAGGGACUACGACUGGGCUGAUCCCUCCCCUAACUUCAGGUACAUGUAUGGAUAACAUCCGUGCCCACUGAGCCAGUGAUCGGCUAGUGGUUAGUAUUAUGAGAAUGGAAGUCCCAAGAAAGGCCUCUGUACUUGUCGGGACGAAGGGGAAGGGCAGUUGCACAAGUGAUUGUAUUUGGUUGGCAAGGUGACAUUAUUUAUUUACUGAGUUAUAUGUUAUAUUAAUUUGUUAUAAAGUUUAUGUUGAAGAUAGAUAUACAUAUAUAUACAUAUAUAUAUAUAUAAUAUUUAACAAAGCUGUGGCCUAUUUGCACCAUGUAAGUCCGUGGUUUGGUUAUUUUGGGUAAAUAAGGGAAAGGGUUUCUAGUUAUGGCCCAUACACAAUACCUACGAACAUGUCUCUAGUGGUUGGAUACCUAUGAUGUGCCUCUUUAAAAUGUGCUGAUCCGUUGUGACCUUCAUCGCCUCUUUUAAAAGUAUAGAUAUGUUUUUGAAAGAGCUUUUUCAAUAUUCGUUGCGUCCAUUCAAUACACUAAAAUAAGCACGUGCAAUAUAAUAAAUAAAUAACCCCUUUAUUGUUACAUGUAAUGACCUCCUGAAUUUUAAAAUCUUCUCCAGUUUGUUGGGACUUAAAUUGUGUGUAUUUCCUAUCCAUAUUGAUGCAUGUGCGACAUUCUUUACAGGCUUUGCAUUUAUAAGACCCAUUCUCUAAAAUAAAAAGUUAUUCUAUGUCUCAGGUAAUAGACUUGGGGCUAAUAUGGGUUUUUCAGAUAAAUUUUUUAAAAACCACUUCAUCUUGUCUUAAAACUGACCACCAUUUCUUAAUGAGCCAUUUAAUCUCCUGGGCUUGUAUCAUUUUUAGCCACAGUAUGUGGUUGCAUAUGUUACUACUGGAAUUGGUCAGAAAUCAUUAUAUCUAAAUAAAUAUUAGCACCGUGCAUUUAAAAUUAAGUAUGGCACUGUGGUUUAAAUGUAGACUCAGACUAAACCAAUGCAACUUCUGUAUUUUAAUUAAAUAUAUAAAAAUGAUUUUGUUGAAGGAUUCAAAACAGUGGGCAAAUUAUGUUGAUGCUGUUGGUCCUGUUAUUAUAAAAACUAUAUUUAACUAUAAAAUAACCUAUGCUAGAAUGAAAAUAAUGAAAUGUGAACUCUUUCCUCAUUUGGCAUCUUAAGCAUUCCAUAUAUUGUGCAUAAUAUUCAUAGUAUUAGUAAGUAUAUCAUUUACACUGAAAAACCUUUGAGAAUAAAUGUAUCACUGACACUCAUAAUGAACUGCAUUCCAGUUGAGUGACACGUAUGCAUGUGAAUUACUUAUCUUGACAGAUACCAAAAAUAAAGUCAACACUUUGUAGUCAACAGUAAUACACAUGCAAAAUAUAUAAUAUGCAUAUUGCGAAGUGGCACUGAGAAUAUCCAGCACUUUUUCAAAGAUAGUAAUAUUAACCUGGUCAUGGUAAAAAAUUAUUAUUUUUAUUAUUAUUAUUGGCAUUUAUAUAGCGCCAACUUUUUCUGCAAUGGAUUAUAAUAUUAAAAAGGGGGAAAUUUAACAAUAAAUGAGACAAUUACAAAAUGUUACAGGAACAAUAGAUUGAUGAGAACCCUGCUCGAAAGAGCUUCCAAUCUAGAAAAUGAGGUAAAGAUGAAGGUAAUUCUUUCACUGCUAGAAGAAAAGGCAGCAUUAUGAAUAAUAAUACAAAAAGUACACAUGGCUAAUGCAAGCCUAUAUUUAUAGUAUAUUCUAUACAUGAUAUAAUAUAAUAUAAUAUAUCAUGACAUUAAUAGUUAGUAAUAACCCCUUGAAAAUCUGAAGUUAGACAGGGAAUGGUACUAUAAUACAUUGCUCCUUUAUAACCCUGAAGAGGUUAAAUACAUACUGACAAUGGAAUUUGUACAAAACCCCUGCGUGGUGGAUGUUUUAUUUUUAUAGGUAAAAAAUUGUAUUUUGACAGCAAAUAAAGAACAUGUUAAGAGUGAGUGACGGUAGAAAAAGAAAGAAAACAUAUGUUGCAGAAGGUUUGGGAUGAGAAAUAAGUCAUAUUGAACAAUAUAUUUUAUAUGUUAACACAUAUGUUGGUUAAGACAGAAACAUUUUAUGCUUGUGGUCUCCUGCAGGGCAUGACUAACAUAUUACAACUGCAAAGUCAGUAGGUAUAAAAUGUAGUAAAUAAAAUGUCAGUUUUCGUUCACCAACACUUUCCAAUAAAUAUUAGUGUUUUACAUGUGUUUUCCUGUGAUAAGUUAGACUUACAACUGUUCAUCUAGACAUAUGUUUUAAAUGUUGGUGCAAAAGUCUUAAUUGUGGGCUGAAAAGAAAAAAACUGCACUAAAUGCAUUGCUAUAUCAUUGUAGUACUCUAGGCGCAGUGCGCCUGUCAGUUUAACCGUGCAAUUGUAAUUAUUGCAGUUAUUGAGAAACAGCAAUAAUUUACUUGGAGGGUUAUCUACACCUUUAGUGGCUGUCUACCAGAUUGCAACUAUAGGCACUUCCUGGUGGUGUAACUGACAUUGGACAUUCUCAUGCUUUGCAAGAGGGCAUUGAUUCAGUGUUUUCCGAUGGGGUAGUCCUAAUGCGAGUGCAGCGCUCACCGCACAUGGACAUUAGGUCCCACAUUACUAGAUUGCAGCUACCCAACAACCUGUCCCUGAAGCUGAGAGAUGGCGCUCAAUCAGGUAACUGACAAAAGGGUUUCAAAUUCUCUUUUAGAACCACAUUAAGAGGGGAGCGACAAGGUGUGUGUGUGUGGGAGGGGGUGGAGGUAAUCUUUGGUACUAUAGUACUAGGAAUAUAACUUUGUAUUCCUAGCACUAUAGAUUCCCUUUAACUUUCCUUUGCCAGCAACUGUCUGAGCAGUGCCUGUGUGAGGUAUAUCACAUACAGCUCCCAUCCAAUAAAAUGUGAUUUGUAAAUGUAUGGAUUUAUAUUUAUUAGUAUGUAGAUAUUGCUUUACUAUUUUAUUUGCCGUGGUGUUUUUUAUGGUUCUCCUUUAAAAAGGGAAACUUGUUUGUUAGGCAGUCAGUUUAUAUCUGGCUGACUAGAUCAUAUGUUUUGGUUUAAUGUAAUCUGGUUAAAUAAGGUAUUUAUUUAUAAAAAUUUAUAAAUAUCACCACUGCCUUAUGGCAACUGUUAUUUGGUGUCUAUUGUAAUGUAUUAAACAUGUAUUAUAGCAUGCGCUGCAUAUGUAAAGCUAGGAAAAUGAUGUAAAGUAUAGCAUACCUAUUAAGAUAAUCACCGUUAUCUUUUUAUUAAAUGCAAUUGGGGAACAUUUGAUUGCUAUUGAUAAAUGAAAUUUCCCAUUUUAGUCAAAAAAUGAUAUUGAAAGCAAUAUUGUUAAUUCAUCUUACCAUCAUAGUUACCUUGACAAAAAAGAGAUAGGGCUGCAUUAUACUGCUAAAUCGCCCCUUUUGUAUAGCUUUGACAUUGCAACCCUUGGCGAGAAAUUUUCCAUAUUCUCACAAUUCAUUCAUGCACAGAUGCUGUUAUACAUUGGGCAAUCAAGCAAAAUAAAUUUAAUUGCCAUUCAGUCAGGAACCCAACCACGAGCUUUUAAUUUCUAAACAAAAUGUUUAAUAUUAAAUAAUAUGCACAGCUAACUGGUCUAUGUACUGUUAAAGGAACUCUCCCAGCAAUGGGCUGCAUUGAUUAAGGUGCCAGGAAAGAUUUGGCACACUCCAAGAGUAAAUUGUCAAACUAUGUUAUAAUGGUUUGACAACCUACCUGGUUACUCAUGGGCACCUGUGCUUCCAGUCCUUUUUCUGGAUUCUCCUUACAGAAGAAUACAGUUAGCUUUAUCCAGCUAAGCAUGGCAGUGCAGAGUUGCAGUCAUUGGAUGGAAGCAUCAGUUGAGCACUCUAAGACAAUGAGUAUGGUCCUGUAUCAGACCUACUAAGCUUAGUGAAGACCAAGCAGGAGAAGACCGGAUAAAGUGUGGACACAGGGCAGUUGCCAAACCAUUCUAAAAUGGCUGUAGUGGUUAUGGUGCUAGGAGAGUUCCCUUUAUACACAAAUAUAAUGUAAUUCAUAUUUAUCAUUUUGGCAAAGUUCAACAGCGCAAUAAACAUAAUAUAACAUUUGGUAGGAACUAAGGUAAGAUGUGUUUGUGUAGGUGUUUGUAUUACUACGUUGAUACUCCCUGAUACAGUGUGUUUUAUCCUUCUCUCUCUAACUACUUGUUAAACAGCAUAUUGCGAGACCCGUGGCAGCGGGAAGAACAGUAUAGGAAUUGUUAUUUUGAAAGAGCAAAUAAACUAAAGACCCAGGAGAUGUUGCAGAUGGCUUUGGAUCUCAAAAUGACACAAAAGAAGAGCAUUCCCACAGGAGAUGUUGUCAGGUAUGUCCUUAUAUUAGAAUAUAGCUCUGUUAGUUAUGUCAAAUAUAUAUUGAAGGAAGCGUAACAAUACAAUAUGACUGUUAAUGUUAUAUUUACUAUAACAUACAAGUAUGUCAAGCUUGGCAUUCUGGGUUUUGAAUAAUCAUCUCCGACAUUCCAUAAUAUACUGUGUUUUGCGUAAAAUAAGACUUGAGGGUUUAUUCACUAAAUUGUGAAUUGUGGUGAAUUGAAGACCAAUUUGUUAAAAAAAAAGAUUAAAAGUUAUGACUACAACUUAGUUGGGGAAUUUGUCCAAAAUAACUAUUUUGACACCUGCUUUGAAACUAGAUUUUUACUGUCUCUACCAUUUACUAUUUAAGUAAUGCAGAGCCAAACAAGAUCAAAUGCUCCUAAACAGUGAUUUGUAUUUUCCAGAAUUUCUGCAUCUAAUACUAAAUAAAAUGAGCAAUUUCCAAAUUAUGUUGGUUGCAGAAAGUCUUAAAAUGUAUAGAAAUGGUAGACUGAAGUGAAAUAUAAUAACAUUGAACAUUUCAUUUAGUUGAAUUGGUUAUACAUAACUAAGAUACAUAACUUGUUAUUGUUCUAAUGCUUAACUUAUACUUCUUUUUUCCAAUUUAAAGCCUCAAUUUAAUAUUAUUGGAUAUGUUUUUAAAAAUUUUCAAUAUUUUUGAUUAAACUUUUAAAAUAUUUUGUUUUCAAAAUAUUAUCAUAUAUAAAAAAUGUAUCAUAUAAUUAAUAAAAUAUUACGACAUUAAAAUAUUUUUCACAAUAUCAAAUCAUUUUAAAAGUUUAUCCAAAAAUAUAAAAUCAUUGAUACCUUAAUGUGAUGAUCAACCUACAUGAAACAUGUGACUGUUACUGAGGAUAACAUUGCAGUGUAUGUAGAUUACCCAACUGGUAUUAACACAGCUAGUCACUGCUGUAGCAAUAAAAAACACUACAAAAAUAUAUAUAUUCAUAGUUUUCACAUAUGUUUAUCUUAAAGGAACACUAUAGUAUUAGGAAUGCAAACAUAUUGCAAAUGCUAUAGUGCCCUAGUCACCUUUUGGUUUACCCCUCCUCCCCAUAAAGGUGAGAUUUGUUUUUACGUUCUCUUCCUUGCCUCUCUGCUCUUUACACUGGUCUUCUCCUCCCUUCAAGAUUAUUUACUUCAGCCAAUCCAAUGUUUUCCCACAUGGAAAUAUUGUGAGGCUUGUGUGCACAUGUGGCAAAACAGCACUGCGACAAUGUGCAUCUUCUCAGAGAUGCACUGAUUCAAUGCAUCUAGUGGCGGAGCUAAAACAGAGAGGGCCUGGUGCAAAAAUUAUUGUGCCCCCCCCCAUCGCAAGGAUAGAUUCCCAUCUCUCAUACCACUCCCACAAUGCUUUGCCAGCUGGGGAUCUACCAUUUGUCCAUCCUUGUAGUGUUGUAUUUAGCAGUGAGCAGUGUUUGUAUGUGUGAUUGUUUGAAAGUAAACAUGUUUUCAUAUGGAGUAUGUAUGUGUAUUGGUGUAUUUGUGUGUAGUGUUGUAUGUUUUUAUGUACUGUUGCCAUUUGAAAGUAGUAGUUUACUUGUGUGUGUAGUGGUUUUGAAUGCUGGGAUGUGUAUUGUGUAGUGUUGAUGCUUGAAUGCAGGGGUGUAUUUAUGUGUAGUGUUGGAGUUUGAAUGUUGAGAUGUAUACACAUAUGCAUAUUAACUGCCACACACACACACUGAUACACAUACACUGUAGCGGAGUAGUAGUAUUAUCUACGGUAUCUGCGCUGGUAGACAGAAUGAAGCAGGUACAAAGUAGGCAAAAAUCCAGGUAGCCUAGUUACAAUCCUUUUCUCCCAAGAACUAGACGACACAUAGCUUGGAGGUCAAAUGAGGUUUUAAUCACAGGUCACAGUAUUUAUGCGGUUACAAAUGUAAAGGGUUUCCCAAGUCACAUUACAGGGGUUGUCCAGUAGUGGACUACAUGGGGGACUGAGCUUACAGUCUGAUUACCCAGCAUACACUGCUGUACCAGAGAAAUAAUUACGUUAUUAACAGGCACAGGAAAAAGUAACAUUUUAAAUUCGCAAUUCACCACAUAUUUUCCCAAAUGAACCCUCAUUAAAUUGCAGGGAUCGAUCGGUACAAUCUAUCGAAGUACCACUCUGAUCCCUGCAGAAACAACCAAACGCGGCUCGCAAUAGACAUUUACCCGAACGGGGUUUUAGCAGAGAAAACUUACGAAUGGUUUUAUUUUCCUGAAGGAGAGAGUUUCCCGACCGCUAUGGAAGUCCAGCAGUGUUUGGAAAUCAAGUAGCCGAUUUCGGUUCCAGGCACUCGACGACCAAACAAUGCUGAACUCUAACAAAGCAAAGAUGGCCGCCACCACGUGUUCGGUACACGUACAGUGGCCACACACAGAACGCUCAUUAACAGAUGGAUACAAUGUUUCGGUUUUACUAACGAGCGGCACACGACCUUCUGGGGAGGUCAAUUCGGUCUUUUGGUUCGUUUCACGCACAGGGUUGGAAUCCACUGUUCGUGAAACUUGCAACAGCAUGUUAGCGGUAUUCGUGUGCUGUAACACACGAAUGCAUAGGAACAUUAGGUGAAAAGCUUUGCAUAUGGAUACAUUUAACAGGGGUUAAGUUGCUCAUGAAUAGAGACACAAUGGAAGCAAACAUCAGGCAUACAUGUACAUAAUACUCUGUAAGUGGCUAGUUUUGCCACAUACACACACAUUUACAGACACACAUCUGGAUACACAGACACACAGAUGCACACUGACACAUUGAGUGCAUCUCUAUGGGGAGCAGUUAGCUGAACACAGGCCCUGCAAAGAUUACAGGACUGAAAUAUGGAAGGGCCUUUAGUGGUCGUCUCAGUGACAGCACCUAGAGGUGUUACUAGGGAACAAUGUAAACACUGCCUUUUUCUCUGAAAAGGCAGUGUUUAUAUUGAAAAGAUUGAAGGGGCAGGCUAUAGACAUGCAAAAUACAUUACAAAAAUGUAGUGGAUGUUAAGCUGGUAUUAUUCUGGUGACUAUAGUGUACACAAUUACAAAUACAAUUGCAAAUCACUAUUUAUUUUUAAUGUAAACAUUUAUGAAGUUUUAGCAAGACAGUUUUAUUAAUCCAUAUAAAAUAGCUUAGUUGUUUUAAAAAUCGUUCAACUAUCUCAUAGUGCUAAACCAAUUCUGCAGCCCCCCUCAGCGGUAGCAUCUAUAAUAGGUUUUAACAUCAACAAUUCCAUAAAGGCUCUACACAACUUUACAUAUGAAAUGAGCAAUUCAACAUUUGCUAGUGGAAGCUUGCCAGGAUGAACGUAUUAGGGUCCACUGGAGUCUUGCCAAGAAAGGUUGAAAAAUUAUUUUGUAUGAAGAUUAGAAAACCAAUUUGCCCAUCACUUGGCUAUACUAUUACUAUUUAACUUUAUGAUUCCUGUGAAUCUUGUAAAGAACGUAAUGCUCUGUUUCACCUUGGUCCCAGGUGGAGAAACACCAUGUUCUGAGUUUAUUAACAUAUGUUAUUUUGUGUCAUCAGCAUAAAUUGAGAUAUAGCUUAAAAUGUCCUCUUCAAUGUCAUUCAUAAAUAAAUUAUAAAGGAGCAACGUAGGACUAGAUUGUGGUGUAAUCCACUUACGUCUUUGGUCCAAUUGGCAAAUGCACCAGUUAUAAAAACUCACUAUAUUCCAUAUUUAGCUUGUAUCCUUUCCAUUAACUUAUCAUUUCAAUACAAAGUAAGGACCAACAUUUGGCUAUGGAAGUACAGUUACAAAUAAUGACUUUCACUUAACCGAUCAAAAUUUGCAGAAGGGUCAUUAGGAUUUCUAAUGUUUUGUUUUGCCUGGUGUUAAAUGAGAGAUCAUAUUAUCUAAAUGCAUUACUGUUUUUAUUUUAAUUUUAAAAUGUUCUAAGAGGGCUGCGGUCAUGAAGGCACAUCUCAUAAUUCAUUAAAAGACCUGUCCAUAGGGGAGAUUGAGUAAAGCCCCUAUUUUUAUGCCACAAUAAUAUUAAACCAAAGUCACAUGCAAGAGGAACAGAAGCUUGGAGGCAGAAGUGCUGGGUACCAAAGUCCUAACUUUGGGGUUAAACCAUUGAAAAACAGUUUAACUCCUUGAGAUAAAAAUGUGUACGAACACUCCAUCCCCCAUAAUAACUUUAAUGUGCUUAAGUUGCAAUGGGGAUGAGAGUCUUCAAUUAAUAAGACAUCAUGGUGGAAUAUAAUUAAAGGGUGAUGGUGGAUUACUGAUCAUAUUUUCUAGUCUAGUUGACACAAGAAUCAUUCAUCAGAGUAGACAUAAAGUACAUGAAUGAGUAGCCUAUGUUCAACUUGGUCUGGAUGCAGUCCAAAGCAGCAAUGCUAGAUGUGUCAAAACAGCAGAUUUAACAUGUCAUGUCAAGAAAGAAGACAAAUAGAGUCCCAGUUGCUCCAAAGAUCAGAAAUUAUGCCAAUUUUUUCAAGCUUAUUUACUAAAGUGAGAAAUCAAAGAGAAUUCUAAGUUAAUUUCAAAUUAAAGGCCAUAGUAGCUGAAGUGAAAUGUUUCUUGUUAGACUAUUUUGACCUUAAAUUUAAAAUUCACUUUGAAUUUGCCUUUAAUGAAUAACCCUGUUUGUGUUAGGUAAGAAAAGGGAGGCCAAUAAAACACUAUAUUGGGUAGUACAUUUAAUAUGAACAUUAGGACACUAAAUAAUUAAAGGUGAUUAUACAUUGCAAGCUGAAAUUGUGGGCUUUCAUAUCAUUUUAAUUUCCUGAUUCAAAUUGGCUUUAGGUGAACCAUGAGUUUGAACACGCAGCCCCAAACAUAUUUGAUCUAUUGAUGUUUAAGCUGUUCUUUGCUUGGCUACAGCUUGGUUUUCAACUGUUAAUUGAGACGAGGGUUAAUAAGACCUUUUACUAACACUUUAAAAAGUUUAUUGUAGCAGCAUGUACAGCUUUGUGUGUCCAGGAGAUAUUAAGAGAAUGCAGUGUACUAUUACAGGUGGAAUGCUAUUAUACCCUGCCAUUAAACCUAAUUAACUUUGGUCAACCUGUGUAAUUAAAUCCCCAUGCUCCUAUUAUGGUUGUAUUCUUUGCUCAAAUUUUAAUUAGUGUAAUUAAGCGCUAGCUUUUUUUGUGAUGGAUCUCUAUUACCUUUAACCCCUUAAGGACACAUGGCAGAAAUAUUCCGUCAUGAUUCCCUAUUAUUCCAGAAGUUGUGUCCUUAAGGGGUUAAACACUAGCUUUUUUGUGAUGGAUCUCUAUUGCCUUACAUUUUGGAGGUUUAAAAAGAUAAACAAAUGAUUGAAACUUUCACUUCUGAGUUGUUACAAUGAUUGCCACGAGUGAGAUAAUAGGAAUGGAAAUAUGUCAUCAUUUGCUCAGUUGUGCUAAAGUUCAGCUUAGAAGAACAAGAAGCCUUUUGGAUGAUAGCAUACUUCUACUGAUUUCAAAAUGAAAAGAAGUUUGAAAUCAGUAGAAGUAUUUUCUUUUAAUAGUGUGAAGAGUCAGAGGAAAUAUUCUAGACCAGGGGUCCUCAAACUCCGGCCCCCCCAGAUGUUGUUGAACUACAACUCCCAUGAUUCUCUGGCUAUCUAUGUAAUUCAAAGAAUCAUGGGAGUUGUAGUACAGCAACAUCUGGGGGGCCGGAGUUUGAGAACCCCUGUUCUAGACUAAAUUAUUCCUUCAGGAUCCAACCCCUAAUAUUUUUUUGAGUGAGUACCCAUGAUUUAGUUCUGACUUGAUUUAGUUCUGACUCCACUGCAUUGAAUUUCUAUCAAGACUGAGGUCCUUCCCUGAGCACCUCCGAUCUCAGAUAGUAUACCAUCAAUCUCAUCCAUGUGGUGUGUAUGAGUAAAUGCAAAUGUAUGGAGUAAAGGUAUUUUUGAAAUGAAUCUAACUAAGUCUUAGUCAUAUCCUAGCUGGUUUUGAUCCAGUCAAAACAAUAUCCAAAUGGAAUUUGAGCCGGAUGAAGGAAAAAAUAUAUAAUAUAUCGUUGGGCUAAUUAGUUAUGAAUAUUGUAAAUUCAUCCAUUUUCUUCCCUGAGCCCUUUGUUAUUUGAAGAAGCAUGCGAAUGUCCAUAUUAGAGUGUGCAGGGGGAUGGCAUUUUUAAAGUUUCUAAAGUAUUUGUUAUGUUUCAACAUAGUCAUGUUUAAAAUGUUAUGAGGCAAAAACAUGAUUCAUUGUUAAACUAAUUUGCAUAUGCAUGCCCAGAAUCCUUAGCGGUAGUAACAUCACUGCAGAUUUGACUGGUGUGCAGUUUUUUGUUUAACAUUGUAUUAACUAUCCACAGACUUCAGGUGGAAGGGGUUUUCAAUCACAAUUCUUUCCCCACCAUAACCUUUUUGGUUUUUGCUUGCCAACAUAGUUAACUGUAGAUAUAAAAAGCAGCAGAAUUACAGGAAGAUGCUCAUACGUUGAAAAAAUAAUUGUUUACAGAUAGAGUGCAGAGUAAAAAUGGAAAUCUUAAGUUGGACUAAAAUGGUAUAUAUAAGGAUCUGUCUUUUUAUUGAUGUGCAGGGAGAAUUAAAAAUAAUAUAUCACCUGGGCUGCAAUCAGGGCAUUAAAGUCCUUACUCUGAUGAUGAGCAUAGUUGAACAUUGGGGCCUUUUAAUUUUGUGUGGCUGGUUAAAGAAACAUUACAAGUUGGGAAUAUAAAUGUGUAUUUCUAACACUAUAAUGCCUAUGCCACCAUGUAGGUGACCAGGCCAGAGCUGCCAUGGUUAGAAAGGUGAGUUUACUUACCCUUUUUUUCCUCACUGCGCCAGUGGCUACCGGCUAGUGAGCAUGCAUGGCAAAAUGUCAUGCAGCACCAAUCUCAUGGCAUCUCUGAGACCAUCUGAUUGAAAUAGCAGAGUUUUACUUUGCUGUUUUACAAAAACAACUCCAGUGGCUGUAAUAUUGACAGCCACUGAUGGCAGGAUAACCGUGCAAAGACAAAAUUGCUGUUCCUACAGAAUGGCAAUGUUUUCAGCUGCAGGAUAAAAAUGAGGGGAUCACUACAUUGAGAUAUAUAAUAAUUAUUUAUUUAAAGAGAAAAACAAGCUACCUGUAUUAGACAGCUCCCAGUGAACCCUAGGGAAAUCAUUUUCCUGCAAAUAGAAACGAGAGGGAGGCUAAAAAUAUAAAGGUAUUUCUGUGUGUGGCAACAUUAAAAUCACAGAUGAAGUGAAUAACAUUUAUUAUAUUGUUACAAUGGCACCUGUCAAGGGGUGGAUUACAUUAGGCAACAAGUAAACAGUCAGUUCUUGAAAGAAAAAUGGGCAAGCAAAAAGAUCUGGGUAACUAUGACAAGGGCCAAAUACUGAAGACUAGAUGACUGGGUUGUUGCACCUCCAAAACAGCAAAUCAUGUGUGGUGGUCCCUACCAAAAGUGAUGAAGGAACAUCAGGAUCAUGGGCACUCAAGGCUUAUUGAUGCACGUGGGAAGCAAAGGCUAGCCCAUCCAGUCUGAUCACACAGAAAAGCUACUGUAGCUCAAAUUGCUAAAAACUUAAUGCUGGCCAUAAUAGAAAGGUGUCAGAACACACAGUACAUUCUAGUUUGCUGUAUAUGGGUUGGUCAGAGUACUCAUGAUAACACAUGUCCACCAUUGAAAGUGCCUUCAAUGGGGACGUGAGCAUCAGAGCUGGACCAUGGAGCAAUAGAAGAAGGCUGUGGAACACGAUAGAGGAGUUUCUUUCCCUCUAUUCUGUCUGACAGGAAGUAGUUUGGUUAUCCAUGCGUGCUUUCCUUGCCAGACCGGGGUAGAGCCAAACAAGCUACUCUGCCACGGUCCACAGCUCGCCACUCUACAUGUGGUGACCAUCAGAAAGGGAGCCCUGUGCAGUACACUCCCCUCCUGCCAAUCACCUGGGCCAAUUCCCUCUAGGCUGGAGUCUUAUAAAGUCCAGCAGGUAUCAUUUUAACAGUCUUAGUUUCACUUACACUGAAACUAGGACUGUUAGUUAAUUUAAAUAGUGUAGUGUAUUGCUUUGCACUCCAAUGCAGCACUGAAAAAGUUAAUUUGACUAGUGCUACUUAUUCAUGCACCCUAUUUAGAUUUACAUUUUUACUCCUGUAAAAUCAUUUAGUAAGAAAUGAAUGAGAUUGUUUUCCAUAUUGUAUAUUGACUGAUGGAUAGUAACUCCUUAAUUUGAACUAAGGGAUGCAUAUCUAGCAUGAACACAUCAUAAUACAUUCCUUUUUGUGUAUAUAUUGCAUUGCAGACAAAUGUAAAAAUCUAAAUGAUGUAAAUUUACUACAUUUGUCAUUUUGACUUAUUCAUCCAGCCUUUAUAAAACAUAUCAAAAAAUGAACUGCUUUAGAUAGUACACAGUGCCCAUUAUCUUGCAAUAUUUUACACAUGGUCUAAAAUAUUAGUAUAAAAGCAAAAAUGAUAUUUUUUCAAAUACAGUAGAUGUAGCAAAAAUAGAUAAAUAAAUAUGGUAAAAUCUUUGCUUAUACAUAUUUGUAAAGACUCUAAAGGCAUUACUAGGAGUAGAUCUUACUCCUAAUAAAAUGGUAACAUCUGCAUGUAUGCUUAAUACCCAUGUACAGUAAAUACAGUUAAAUCAUGCAUUUCUAAAACAAAAAAAUUAUUUAAACGGGUGAGUAGGAUAUUACGGACUGUACUAAAUUCUGCAAAAUUCAUGAAAAUUAAAUAUGUUUUUUUAUACUUGAUUUAGGUAGCGAAGAUGGACAUUGGUUCAGUGAGUUUGCAAAUAGUAGAAAACUCAGUACCAGCUGUUUCAAUAUUAUGCAUACUUUUUGACAAUGUAUUGUGUGUAUACAUUUUAAUAUAAAUUACCAAAAAGAUAUUACAAAAGGUGGAAAACUGACCCACCUUGGUAAAAGCAGAUCCCUGUUGCUUUCUGUAAUAAUUUGCAUCUAGCAGUAGUAUAGCAGCUGUCUAAAUGUGCACGGUCACUUCUAGCACAAUGUAAGCUAAACUUGUUAGAAACCUCUAGGUCAGAUUUCAAAUAACUUCACAUUCCUCCUUUAACCAAAAGCAAGCCACAAGACUCCGCACACUUUAAAGAUGAAUGUUCAUCCCUUCUCACAUUGGAGACUUCAAAGGGCCAAUUACUAGUGAACUGACAUGGGUUGUUUUGUGAUACUUCCUGUUCAAGAAAUGGCUUCUGUGUCCUCUUCAGUGCUUGUGAUCAUAUCAUUAGAAGGAAAGAAAAUUUUGGCAAACAAAAAUAUGAUCCAUGGUUUUCCUCUCACCUCCUUUUUAUGUACUUGUUAAAAGCAAUUAGUGUUUUAGAAAUGUUUAGUUUUUACCCGAUGGCUACAUAAAUCUUGCAUUAUUAGAUUAUAUCUUAUUACAUUUUGAAAGAAUUGAAACCACCUGUUUCUUUUAAGCAAAUUAAAGUUGGUCAAAAGGAAGACAUUACUUUUGACACUACAAACGCAUGCUCGUACCUGAACUUUGUAACUCAAUAUAUUAUUUGGAUGAGUGCAAAUACAUUUUGUGAUGGUUAUUUUCCCUGCUUGAACUUGGUCUCAUUCUAAGAACGCAAGGAGAAUAUUAAACAGAGGUACAUAGUCACAUUCAGUUACACAUUUAAGGAAGACAGACAGACUGAAAUGUAUUUGAUUCAACGUUCUCAAUUAAGCAUGUUUGAACUGUAACAGCAAAAAUGUUGCUCUUCCAAAGAAAUAAUUUAAAACUGAUGUUAAACAUGAACUUUCAAGGCCACAAAGCACCCUGUGAUACACAUGUUUUAGAUGGUAAUACUUGCAAAAGAUUUACUAUUAAUGUACUGUAUACUAUAUCAGCGUGGCACAGUCCACUUUAGAAAAGUUGGUAUUAAAGAACUGUAACAUUUAUAUUUUGCUAUGUUUUACAGUGUUUUCAUCCCAGUAAACACUGUUAAUGUGGUUUUCCAAAUCGCAAAAGCAGAAAUAUAAAGUCAAAGUAUACUUAUCAAGUGAACUGGUACGGUCACAUUUUGGUUCAACAGUGUUCUUAUUUUCAAGGUCUUUUUUCAAACCCACUUACUUAUCCAAUGUUUUAACUGAGAUCCGAAGAAGUCAUGUUCACGCAAACCGCAUCAUCACACUACCGUUGUCAUUGCGCACUCAAGCCUGGAAGAAUUGCAAUGAUACCCUGUACCCAGACUCGGAGGUCAGAUACGGUCAAGAAACUGAUGGAAACACCAGGGAUUGUGCUUUAUGA